CUCGUGUUUUCCGCACCAGGUGGAUGAAACCAAAAGGUAAACAAGGUCCGUAGUGGUGAAGCUUCAUCGUAAGAUCCCUCUGCUUCAACUGACCUGCAACGGAGGACGGAGUGCCGUUGCGGAUACAAAAACCUCAAGCCCUUCCUCCCUCUCGUGCCAGUUCCGUCCUCUCUUUCCAUCUCACCCAAGCUUCGUCUUCAAGCCCACAUACCUCUGUAUCUGUCUCUGUCUCUAUUUCUCUCUCUAUCUCUAACACACCUCCUUCACAAUGGCUCCCAAGAUCGCCAUCAUCUACUACUCCAUGUAUGGCCAUGUCGCCCAGCUUGCCCAGGCCGAGAAGAAAGGUAUUGAAGAGGCCGGUGGCACUGCCGAUAUCUACCAAAUCGAAGAAACCCUCCCCCAAGAGGUCUUGACCAAAAUGCACGCACCGGGCAUGAACAAAGACAUUCCCGUCGCCACUCCCGAGAUCUUGCUCAAGUACGACGCUUUCCUCUUCGGCAUUGCCACCCGUUACGGCACCUACUCCGCCCAAUGGAAGACCUUCAUCGAUAGACUCGGCGGACACUGGCAGACUGGGGCACUCUUUGGAAAAUACUUUGGCCUGUUCAUCAGCACGGCUACUAUGGGCGGUGGGCAAGAGACCACGGCCAUCACCGCUCUCUCGUCCUGGGUUCACCAGGGCAUGAUCUACGUUCCUCUGGGCUAUGCCAAAGCCUUCCCUAUCAUGGCCGACCUCAGCGCGGCCCGUGGUGGCAGUCCAUGGGGCGCAGGUACAUUCGCCGCCGGCGACGGCUCCAGACAGCCUUCCGGUCCCGAACUGGAGCUCGCUACCAUCCAGGGCAAGUCGUUCUAUGAGCACGUCAGCAAGGUCAGUUUUGCGUGACUAGAUGGCAGUACCGAAGAGAAGAAGCCGGCCGAAGGCAACGACGUGAAGCCGGCAGAGCAGCCUGCAAAGACGGAAGGGACAACAGCGGCUGCGGGAUCCAAGAAACCAACACAACCGAUACAGACAGAUGACAAGGAAGAGGAGAGCGGGCCCUGUGGAUUGCCCAAGAAGUGCGUGAUUUUAUGAUCGCUGCUAUCGUGUGGUCAAGCACAUGGAGCGUUGGAGGACGCAGCGUGGCUUGGUAGUACAGCGAUGGGGAAAAGCACAAGAUACCAUUCUGCUAAUACAUGUCUCAUGAACACACCAUUGACACGAAGAACGAA